AUGGCUGCAAGGAGGGCUGCUUCCUCCUUCCUCUCUCGCUUCCUCCUCACAAGGCCUUCGCCUGCUUCUCCUGCUUCCCCUGCCGGCAAAUCCGCUCUCCUCGGAGCAGGGGCUCUUCUUCACAGGUUCUCCACUGCACCGGCACCCGCUGCUGCCACCGCAGAGGAGCCAAUCCAGCCCGCCGUGGAGGUGAACCACACCCAGCUCCUCAUCAAUGGCAACUUCGUCGAUGCUGCUUCUGGGAAGACGUUCCCGACGCUGGACCCCCGCACCGGCGAGGUCAUCGCGCGCGUCGCCGAGGGCGACAGCGAGGACAUCGACCGCGCCGUCGCCGCUGCCCGCAGGGCCUUCGACGAGGGCCCGUGGCCGAGGAUGACCGCCUACGAGCGGUGCCGGGUGCUGCUGCGGUUCGCGGACCUGAUCGAGCGGCACGCGGAGGAGAUCGCGGCGCUGGAGACGUGGGACAACGGGAAGACGCUGGCGCAGGCGGCGGGCACCGAGGUGCCCAUGGUGGCGCGGUGCAUCCGGUACUACGCCGGGUGGGCGGACAAGAUCCACGGCCUGGUGGUGCCGGCCGACGGCGCUCACACCGUGCAGGUGCUGCACGAGCCCGUCGGCGUGGCCGGGCAGAUCAUCCCCUGGAACUUCCCGCUGCUCAUGUUCGCCUGGAAGGUCGGCCCGGCGCUCGCCUGCGGCAACACCGUCGUCCUCAAGACCGCCGAGCAGACGCCGCUCUCCGCGCUCUACGUCGCCAACCUCCUCCACGAGGCUGGACUCCCCGAGGGUGUUCUGAACGUGGUAUCCGGCUUCGGUCCGACGGCCGGCGCCGCGCUCUGUAGCCACAUGGGUGUUGACAAGCUUGCGUUCACCGGAUCGACGGGCACGGGGCAGAUCGUGCUCGAACUGGCGGCGAGGAGCAACCUGAAGCCGGUGACGCUGGAGCUCGGUGGCAAGUCCCCUUUCGUCGUCAUGGACGACGCGGACGUCGACCAGGCCGUCGAGCUCGCGCACCAAGCUGUCUUCUUCAACCAGGGCCAAUGCUGCUGCGCCGGGUCGCGGACGUUCGUGCACGAGCGCGUGUACGACGAGUUCGUGGAGAAGUCCAAGGCCCGCGCCCUGAAGCGCGUGGUCGGCGACCCCUUCAGGAACGGGGUCGAGCAGGGGCCUCAGAUUGACGGCCAGCAAUUCAACAAGAUCCUGCGGUACGUCCAGUCCGGCGUCGACAGCGGCGCCACCCUCGUCACCGGCGGCGACAGGGUAGGCAGCAGGGGCUUCUACAUACAGCCGACGGUGUUCGCCGACGCCAAGGACGACAUGAAGAUCGCUCGGGAGGAGAUAUUCGGGCCGGUGCAGACCAUCCUCAAGUUCAGCGGCAUGGAGGAGGUGAUCCGGCGCGCGAACGCGACGCACUACGGGCUGGCGGCGGGGGUGUUCACGCGGAGCCUGGACGCGGCCAACACCCUGUCCCGGGCGCUGCGGGCGGGCACGGUGUGGGUGAACUGCUACGACGUGUUCGACGCCACCAUCCCGUUCGGCGGCUACAAGAUGAGCGGCGUCGGGCGGGAGAAGGGCAUCUACGCCCUCCGCAACUACCUCCAGACCAAGGCCGUCGUCACGCCCAUCAAGGACCCCGCGUGGCUGUAA